UUUUCAUUUCCCCUGAGCCCCCGAUUCCCCCUUCUUUCCCAGUUGGAUCGCGAUGAGACUGCGGCCGCCGCCGUUGCCUCCACUGAGAUCAUUCCCUCGCGCCUUCCACUCUCGCUCCGCCGCCACCUCUUCCUCUUCCUCUUCUGCCGGAUCCGGAGACGAUUACGCCGCCCUCCGCCGGAGUCUAUCCCUUCUAAUCUCCCCCGCCCCCUUCGACAGCUCCCUCUGCCAGGAGACGCUAUCUCGUCUCUGCCCCCGACGCCUCGAGCGCAUCCUGCUGGACCUCGGAUCCUCCCUCAUCCGCCCUAAACCUGCGCUUCGUUUCUUCUCCUUCGCCUCCGACAGCUGCGCCUUCCGCUUCACGCCCCGCUCCUACGCCAUCCUCCUCCACUCCCUCCUCCGGUCCAACCUGACCGAUGCAUCCCGCCUCCUGCUCCUUCGCCUCCUCGAUCCCCGUUCCACUGUUGCUCUCUUCCUUGACGACCCCGAUCAGCGGUUUCGUGAAAUUGUGCUUGCCGUCGUCGAGACCGCCCCGUCCAGAGACUCGCCUGCAUUCGACCUCCUUGUCCACCUUUGCUGCACGCAGCUCCGCUUGGAUGAUGGGGGAAUCGUUGUCUUUGGCAUCAUUACCGGGCAGGGGCUCUGCCCGUCUCUCAAAACAUGCAACUUUUUGAUGUCUUCAUUGACAAAGUCCAAGAAUCUGGAAGAUGCUCAGAUGGUGUUUGAUCGAAUGCGCAAGUUUGUUUCUCCCAAUGUUUACUCGUACACCAUGCUGAUCGAUGCUCUUUGCAAGAGACGGAGGGUUGAGCAGGCAAUGGCAUUGUUCUCGGAGAUGGAAAGUUCAGGAACACUCCCCAACGUGGUAACUUAUAAUUCUCUGAUUGAUGGAUUUUGUAAGAAAAAUAUGUUGGAUGAGGCAUUGAAAAUAAAGGAGAAGAUGACUAGAAGCUCAAUUAGACCAAGCAUUGUCACAUUUGGCAUUCUCAUCAAUGGGUUGGUCAAAAUGAAUAGGUCUGGCGAUGUGGAUGCGACCCUGGCUGAAAUGCAAGAGAUGGGACUGGCUCCUAACGAGUAUAUAUACAACACAUUGAUAGAUGGGCACUGUAGGAAAAGGCAGUUCACUGAGGCAAUGAAGUUAAGAGAUGAAAUGGUGGCAAAAGGUGUCAAGCCAAACCAGGUUACAUUAAAUGCCAUUCUACAGGGAUUGUGCAAGGCAGGGGAUAUGAAGCAGGCAGAGUAUAUGAUUGAUGAAUUAUUGGCAACUGGGAUGGAAAUAAAUAUAGGUCUAUUUCAUUCAAUUAUAUUCUGGCUUGUCAAGAAGGAGCAUAGAGUAGAUUCUGCAAUGCGACUACUAUGGGAAAUGCUGCUGAGGAACUUGAGGCCUAAUGAAUCACUUUUAACUGACUUGAUUGUUGAACUCUGUAGCCAAAGUAAGCAUCAAGAAGCCAUGGAGAUUUUGUCAAAGAUGAUGGACAAAGGUUUUGGUGUGAAUAUUGCAACUUCAAAUGCAUUGAUUCACGGACUUUGUGAGUCAGGGAAUUUAAAAGAGGCAACUGACUUUUUCAAAUCAAUGUUUAUCACGGGAAUUGUGCUGGACAAUGUAACAUACAACAUCUUGAUAUCUGGAUGCUGCAAACAUGGGAAGAUUGAGGAAGGUUUUAAGCUUUGGGAUGACAUGGUUCAGAGAGGAUUUAAACCAGACAUUAUUACCUACAACACCAUGAUACAUGGUUUAUGCAGUUUAGGUAGAAUAGAAGAGGCAGUUAGGCUUUUGAAUAAACUAAGGAAUGAAGGCAUGAUUCCUGAUCUCUUUACUUGUAGUUCCAUGAUAGAUGGGUAUUGCAAGGUUAAGGAGAUAGAUAAAGCAAAAGACUUUCUAAAACACAUGGCUACUUUUGGUUUAGAGGCAAACAUUGUCAUCUACAACUCACUUUUGAGUGGAUUAUGUAAGAUUGGCAAUAUGUCUGAGGCAUCCAUGCUUGUCGAUGAAAUGACACAUAAGGGCAUCUUACCAAAUUCUGUUACUUAUGGUAUCCUUUUGCAUGGUUUCUGUGUCACUGGUAACCUAGAAGAGGCUAGAAAUAUUUUUAAAGUGAUGAAAGAGCAGAGUUUGGGCUUGGAUGUAAUCGGUUACACUAUACUUAUCAAUGGGUACUGUCAGUUAGGUCAAAUGGACGAAGCUGUCAAGAUUUACAAGGAUAUGAUUAAUAGUGAUUUAGCCCCAAACAAGUUCACAUAUACUUCAUUGAUACAUGGUUAUGCUAAAAUGGGAAACCAGGAAGAAGCAUCUAAACUUUUCAAUGAAAUGCUAAAUAGCGGCAUUGUCCCUGAUUCUGUCACAUAUAAUGCUCUGAUGUCUGGAUUCUGCAAGAAUGGUCAAUUAGACGAGGCUUUUAAGAUAUCUGAUCAAAUGUGUCAAGCAGGUCUAAUGCCAGAUGACGUUAGUUAUACAACUUUAGUUCAUGGAAUAACUUCUUCGUGAAGUUGAAAAUGAUUGUUCACCUGGAGGAGAUACAUCAAAGAAAGCUUUCAGAGUUAGCAAGAGAAAGAUAUGGCUAUGAUGCACCUUGUUCAUCUCCCGAAUUCUUAAAGAAUCCCAUUGCCAAGAUGGGGCAAUCAAUAAAGAAAGCUGCACAGAGUGUCAGUCGAGUUGUGGAGUUAACAAGUAUCUCAAAUUUUGCAUGGACUCAAAUUCAAAAGUGAAAGAAGAGAAGUUCAUUCUGAUACGUUGCUCUAAGCUUUCUAAUAUCUAGUAGAUGAACUAUUGAUAUCCAUUUGACACUGUAGGCCAUAUCAGCCUGAACACGAACUCAAGUCAUUUAGGCAGCAAUGUUUUGCCUUCUUGUUCAUGUAAUUUUGCAACAAGAAGACCAGAUGAAGCUUGAUUCUUCUUUGGGAGCUUGAUGGAUGAAUGUAAAGAUUGCUGUCUUCCACUAUAUGCUGCUUUUGUGUUCUUAAAGCUAGCCUACUAGAAGCACAUUCAAACUACAAAAACAUUGAGGUAUAUUUUUUAACACCUACGCAAAUAAAUGUAUUCAUCUUAGAUAUGCACUCUUAAGUUGUAUUUCUUGUCAUUGAAACUGCUGUGUUUCUACCAAAGAUUUUUUACUAACAAAAACAUCAGAAACAUCACAUGGCUUCAAGCUCCAACUUGAGCAAAACACUUUCUCAUUCUAUCCACCACUAUGGAACAAUUUAAAUCCAUAUUAUUUUUUUCACAGCAACAUAUAUUUGUGUACCUUAUUUUGUUAGAUUUGCUAAUAGUUUGAUGCCUUUCGUAUUUGACAUCCCCAUUUGUAAGGAAGAUGUGUAGAGUAUAAGCAUCUUGUCUUGUAGUUUUGUUGAAACUAUGCACUUCGGAUGAAUAUUUGUGCCACUAAAGUUGUUGGAGGUUUCACAUUUUUUAUCAUUAUUGUUGAUGUUAAAGAUGGGCUCGCAUUGUAUGUGCCAUGCUCAUUGUUUCUUUGUACAUAAUGACGAUUGCAUUUUUGUGUAGUUUGUUGACUGAGUUGAUAAUUACUGUUUUGCUUGGGACUUGGUUUUACAACAUGCCAAGAAUUUUCA